CUGAGCCUGCGUGUGUGGUGACGACACAAGCCAAGCCGUAUAUGAGACCCGCAUCCAACGGCCGCGCACCAACCAGAGGUGGAGGUGCAGCUGGUGCAGGGGACGACGACUUCGCCUUCUACUACGCCUUCCUGGACAGGGACGACAACUUCGCCUUCUACUACUCCUUCCUCCAGGAUCCCGCCGCCCCGCCGUUGCCGCUCGCGCUCGACGCCGACGCCGUCGCCAUGACCAACAAUCGGAAAAGGAAGCAGCGCGGGGGAGGUGAUGGAGGCGGCCCGGGGGACGACGAGGGCGGGAAGAAGGACGGCAGGAAGCGGUCCAUCGCCAAGAUACUCACCUCGCUGGCGGUGCUGGAGGCGGACGAGCACGCGGACCGCGCGGGCGCCGCGGACGAGUCCAGGCGGGAGCUCGCGCUGCUCGAGUCCAACGCCGAGACCAGGUCGCAGGCCAUGAUGGACUACUACGCCAAGAUGGAGGGCAGCUUCGACGCCGCCGCGGAGACCGAGUCUGCCGCGAGAUCCAAGCGCUCCAGGCUCGUGACGUCAGCCGCCGCGGCGGCCGUCGUGGCCGGGGAGGAGGCCGCGGCUUCGGCGUCCGCAACGGCGUCGGAGUCGGGCUCGCCGACGCGCGCGGCGGGGCACCACCAGCGGCGGCUGUGGGUGAAGGACCGGUCGCGCGCGUGGUGGGACCGGUGCAACAGCGCCGACUACCCGGAGGCGGAGUUCCGGCGCGCGUUCCGGAUGGGGCGGGAGACGUUCGACAUGAUCUGCGGCGCGCUGGGCUCCGCGGUGGCCAAGGAGGACACCAUGCUCCGCGCCGCCAUCCCCGUGCGCCAGCGGGUCGCCGUCUGCAUCUGGCGCCUCGCCACGGGGGAACCGCUCCGCCUCGUCUCCAAGCGCUUCGGCCUCGGCAUCUCCACCUGCCACAAGCUCGUCCUCGAGGUGUGCGCCGCCAUCAAGUCCGUGCUCAUGCCGCGCUUCCUCCAGUGGCCCGACGAGGCCGCCGCGGCGCGCUUCAAGGCGAGCUUCGAGCGGACCUCCGGCAUCCCGGGCGUUAUCGGCGCCAUGUACACCACCCACAUCCCCAUCAUCGCGCCCAAGAUCUCCGUCGCCGCCUACUUCAACCGCCGCCACACGGAGCGCAAUCAGAAGACGUCCUACUCCAUCACGCUGCAGGGGGUGGUCGGCCCCGACGGCGCCUUCACGGACGUGUGCAUCGGGUGGCCGGGCUCCAUGCUGGACGACCAGGUCCUCGAGAAGUCGAUGCUCCACCAGCGCGCCGCGGCGGGGAUGAUGCACGAGGCGUGCCUUGUCGGCGGCGCGAGCUACCCGUUGAUGGACUGGGUGCUGGUUCCGUACACGCACCAAAACCUGACGUGGACGCAGCACGCGUUCAACGAGAAGGUGGGCGACCUCCGGCGCGUGGCGGUGGAAGCCUUCGCGCGGCUCAAGGCGCGGUGGGCGUGCCUGCAGAAGCGCACGGAGGUGAAGCUGCAGGACCUCCCCGUGGUGCUGGGCGCCUGCUGCGUGCUGCACAACGUCUGCGAGCUGCGCGGCGAGGAGGUGGACCCGGACAUCCGGUGCGAGCUCGUGGACGACGAGACCACGCCGGAGAACCCCGUGCGGUCCGAGGCCGCCAAGCGCGCCAGGGACAACAUCGCGCACAACCUCCUCCACCGCGGGUUCGCCGGCACCGCAUUCUUCUGAACUCUGAUCACUGCCUGCCUCGACCGGUUUCUUUGGUACGAAUUGGACUGGAACAAGCAGCGAUUCUUUUAGCCGGUAGACUAGAAGAUUUUGGUAGGAUUGUCGCUGUUAGCUGUUGAAUCACUUGAUUGAUCUAGAUGGGAAACAACACAAGACUGUAAUUAAACGGAUCUUAUGUAAACAUCAUUCGGGCAGCUGUUGUUCCAAUGCUGCUCUACAGUAUUAUUUGGACAAAGGAAAUUGAGAGAGAUGAUUAAAAUGAA